ACAUGUGGCCGGUAGAGGCUGGAUGAGAAAGGAAGAACUAUUGUACUCCUUGGGAGAGGCUUAUGGCUAGCAUUUACGAUUACGGGCUAAUGAUGAUGAUGAUACACACGUCAAACUUAUAACAAUUUUUUUUCGGUAGUGGUAUGGAAUUCCAAUGACCAUCUUUUCAUUUGUUUCAAGCCCCUCUAGCGCCUCGGCUCGUAUCUGGCGAGAUUCUAAAGCAAUUAACGACUCAUUCUCUUAUUUUCUUAGCGAGCAUCGUCAUUAUUAACUCGGCACUAAUUUGUUCAAAGUUCUUUUUUAUACUCCCUCUACAGAUGGAAAGUGCUUUAGUACUUGUAAUAAAUAUAAAUUAACUUUUCAUUUAAUUAAAUUUAAUACUUUUACAGUUUGCAUGAAAGAAGCCAAUUUUUACACCAUGGUGAAAGGAUUGGCAGUCACCGCAAAUCUGACUGGCUACUCUUUUCAUCACUAAUUAAUAAUGUUUUGUAGAUGAAGUUUUUUUUCCAUCAUGUACUGUGUGUAUUUUUCAGAAUAUUCUGGAGCGCGAGCAUCGUGGCGGGCGGCGUGAUGAUGGUGGUGCUACUCACUCCACUCUACACGAGGUUCAAACAGUCCCCCACAGUGAUGAGCGUGGAGCUGGACUACUUCAACUGGCGCAUGUCGUUCCCGGCGCUCACGCUGUGUCCCCGGAACAAGCUGGACCAGGACGCCUACGACGCCAUGGUCAGGGAAUACGCAUUAAUAACCGACGUAGAGCUGCGAGCUAUCCUGAUGACCAUCGCCGAGACUACUUUGGAAAACUUGGACAAAAUCAAUCUCUACAACAAAAGACUAAUCGCUGCUCUAAAACCGGAAGACUACGCCACAAUAGCAUCUCGCCUCCUGCCCCCGCUGGGCAACACGUCGGUAGUGGACGCGCGCGGGCGGCGGGCGCGGGCGGUGGUCGCCAUGACGGAGCUUGGUGCCUGCCACGUGCUGUACUCCAACCAGGCCAGGGCUGAUGACCCUGAGAGGUGGCGGGACCCGGCGGCGGCGGCCGACCUCGAGGACGCGACGGGCAGCGUCGACCUCACCAUCCAUGACGCCGACUUCUACACCACUAUCUACAACUACGCGGAGGACUACAACAUCUACGUGCACAGUCCGGACGACGUGGUGCUGGGCUCGGCGCGGGCGGUGCCGCACGCGGGGGGCUCCCUGGCGCUCGGGGUGCGCCUCCACAGCGUGCGCCUCGCCCCCGCGCUGAGGGCCGCCGCGCCCGCCGCUAGGGGCUGCAGGUUGCUGGAGGAGCCGAUAAGCCCGCGCUACCAGACCUACUCGUACAGCCUGUGCAUGCUGGAGUGUCGCGUGAGGACCAUCGCGCGCCUGUGCGGCUGCGUGCCCCACUUCUACAAGCCGCUCAUUAAGUGUAAGGGAGUCUUAAUGGUGACGUCAUAUUCGUCAGAGAACGAAACGAUCUGCACCCUGACGGAGCUACGCUGCGUGAACCACUACCGGCUGGAGAUCGCCACGCUGUCCAGCAGUCCCGUCACACUCAGGAGACAACAACAGACCAGUGGCUUCCACCCGUCGGCCGCGUGUGGCUGCCUCACGGCCUGCGACACCGACGUGUACCUCAUAGACCAGCAGGACCUGGAGCCGAGCGGGAAGACCGAGCUCAGAGUCGGCAUAGUGGCCUUCCCGAAGGUGCGAGUGAUGCGGGAGACUAUCUUCGACUUUUACGACAUUAUACUGAGGGGUGGCAGUGUAGUAAACUUAUGUAUCGGUAGCUCAUUAAUUUCGGCCAUGGAAUUAGUUCUUCUCAUAGUAAAGAUUUUAUGGAAGUUUAUAUCUUUAAAACUAUCGGAAAAGUUCAAAAAGUUUCGGAACGUUGCAAGUAAAAAGGAAACUAAAAUUAAGACUCAUUUGCUAUAA